UCCUAUUCCACAUGCGCCUCUGGACAGAACACCCUCCUUUUUCCGGCCAAGUCGCCGGAAAAUUCCCAUGCGUUUCGGUAUUUUAAUUUCAGGCAACAUGUUGCCUGAUUUUCCAGCCACUAUAACCAUAGUUCUUCUCUUCCUCUUGUUGUCUCUUAGCAUUUGCUCGGCAGAGUUUCUCACCGGAAAUCGUGUGAUCCUUCCUAUCCCUCCGGGAAACCAGAGUGGGUUUUCCGGAAAAGCGAUUUUCAUGGAAACAAAUGGAAUUUUCCCACCUGUCCGUGCUGGUUUAAGCUUGGAUUAUCACGAAGGCGAAGAAUACUACUAUUGCUCUUUGAAGGUGUUUUCCGGUGGGUUGGUGGUCUGGAAUUCAGACGAGUUUUCGGUAUUCCGGCCUUCGGAAAGAUGUAUUUUGGAUUUCACGGUAGCCGGAAAUUUGGAGUUGAAGGACUCGAGAGGGAGCAUUGGGUGGAGUACAGGGACUUCUGGACAAGGCGUGCAGAGAUUACUACUGCACAAGACUGGAAAUCUCGUAUUAAUGACGGCGAAAAACCAUGUUAAAUGGCAGAGCUUCGACUUCCCAACUGAUAUCUUACUCUGGGGCCAAAAACUCUACAAUUCAAGCAAGCUUACAUCAUUCUCCGGCGACCAAAGAACCUUCUACUCGUUUGAAUUACAGCUCGAUGGAGCCGCCCUCUUCUUAAAUUCUGGCCACCAAAAAUACUCUUAUUGGGAAUUCCGGCCACCAGAAAGCCAGUCUAUUUAUUUCUCUAAAUUGGGUUCAUCAGGAUUGAACUUUUUUGAUAAAAAUUCGAAAAUUUCUGGCAAUUUUACGCCAGAUAUUCCAGGACCCAUCAAGCUUUUGGCCUUAGCCAAGAACGGUAACUUGGGUUUCUAUAGAUAUUCAAAAAUGAAAAGGAAAUUUGAGUGUGUAUAUCAAGUUUUAAUGGGUCCAUGCAAUAUGCCCCUAACUUGUGGGGAUUACCAAGCUUGUACUUUAUAUAAUUCAUGCUCCUGUAUGCCAUUUCUUAGGCCUCACAAUGAUCUCUCCAGCUGCAUUUCCGGCGAGUUUUCCAGCGAUUUUUGCCAUAAUGGGUCAACAGAAAUGGUGAAAUUAGAGGGCUUUACCACAAUUUUGAGAACAAAUUCGAUAAUAACAACCAGUAGUAUGGACAUAUGCGUAAAAAUGUGCGCUGGAAAUUGUUCUUGUGCGGCCGCUUUGUAUUCAUAUUCGCCGAAUUCGGAAUGUUUUCACUAUGGAUUGGUGGGUGGUGUGAAGCAAGUGAGAGGAGAGAGAGGGUUGGUGUAUUUUGUGAAGGCUCCAAGAGGGAUCGUAAAGGGCUGUUAUCAAAGUUCAAGCCUAAGACCGAGGCUAUUGAUUUUUAGUAGUGUUGUAGAGGGAGUGGUACUCGUUAUGAUUCUUGGAGGAUUCAUGUAUUGGUUCUUUGUAAUUCGUAAGAGAAAGAAGGAUUUGGCAGGAGAGAGGUCCUGAAUCAUUCCAAACUUAAAAAUAUAUAUAUAUAUAUAUAUAUAU